GUGAAAAUUAAGAUAGUAAAUUUAAUUUGCAAAAGCGAACGUACAGUACAGAGAUAAAAACAAGGGAUUAUAAAACCCCUAGCUGAGAUUUACACCUCCUAUAUCGAAGCAGUGGAGUAAGAGUAGCAGUGUAGAGAUGAAACCCUAGCAAAUUCUCUUUCACUCUCUCUUCUCUUCUCGCUUUGUUCUCUCUUCCUUUUCUUUCUUUUUUCCUCUUUUUUAAACUUUCUCUUAGAUCGCUUGUCGUCGAAUCGAUCUAUCAAUCGAUCAAUUAGUCAAAGUUCUUCCGGCGCUUGUGUGGCUUGAUUUCCGAAUCUGCCAAGUGAAAAUAUAAAAGGUGCUUGAUUUGAAUUAUGCAGCUUUACAAAAUGAUUGCCACGGGAAGUGCUGUGCCAAAGCUGAAAUUGAAGAUCAAGUUCUCUUCUCAGAAGGUUGAAGCAAUUCCAGCGUCCCAAUCUUAUGAGUAUGGCCAGCAAUUGAGUAGUUCUUGUGAUGGAAAAAAGGCAUCAUCUGCUGGAAAUUCAAAGGAGACUUCAAGCGCUCACAAGCGUCGACCAGAAGGGGAGAGUAUGGGUGGCCCACCAGAGAAGAGGCAGAAGAUGGACCGUUGCAUGACUCAGCAUUGUUGUGCCCUACUGAAAGCACUUCUGAAACAUCCAGCUGCUUGGGUUUUCAAUCAACCAGUGGAUCCUAAGGCAUUGGGGAUUCCUGAUUAUUUUUCUAUAAUAAAAACCCCCAUGGAUUUGGGUACAAUUAAGUCCAAGCUAGCAAAGAACAUUUAUAUUGGCACUGAUGAUUUUGUGGCGGAUAUUAGACUAACAUUUGCUAAUGCCAUGCUGUAUAAUCCCCCAUCCAACAAUGUUCAUAAAAUGGCUGAAGAAAUGAAAGAUAUUUUUGAGGCUAGAUGGAAAUCUUUGGAGGAGAAAUGUAAUGAAGAAAACUUUAAGGCUGGGCAAGGGAAAACUAUGCGCAUGCAACUGAAAGAUGUGAAUGAAUCUAGACCUAAAACACUGCUAUCCAGAAAUAGUCCUCUUCCCAAGAACUCAAAGGCAUCUGAGGAGAAGGUUGCAAAGGUUGCUCUGAAUGCGAGAGCAGCUGAGGUUGAGCUUCCUAAACUGGCACAGAACUGUGUGAGCAAUUUGGCAGGAAAAAGCUUACUAAAAGGCACCUGUACUGGUAGUGGUGGAUAUUCUAAUGGGUCUACCAAUGCCAAGCCACCAGUGAGCCCAGGUGCCUCCAGAUGCAGUUCAUGUGGCAGCAUUAAGUGCCAAUGUAGUCUUCCAAGUGAUUCAUACCAUGCAUCUUCUGGUGAUACGACUUCAGAAAGAGCAUUGGGUGGAGAUCUUAGAAUGUGUAGCGCUGAUGUUUCUAAAUUGGAUUCCCAGGCAAAAAGCACAUUGACUUCACAAAUGAGCAAGUCUGAUCAAGAUUUUAAUGGGGCUGUAAGUGAUUUGGAUGAUGAGAAUGUAUGUAACAGUUCUCAACUUACAACUGCAACAGAUGCUGCUUCUGGUGAAGGGUUGUCAACUCCUAUUUUUGAUUUGCGUAUGUCACCAGAAAAAGCUCUCCGUGCUGCAAUGCUGAAAAUUCGUUUUGCAGACACUAUUUUGAAAGCUCGGCAGAGGGCACUACUUGAUCAUUGUGAUAAAACCGAUCCAGUGAAGAUGCAGCAGGAAAAGGAAAGAUUAGAAAAAAGAAAGCGUGAAGAGAAGGCUAAAAUCGAAACUCAAAUCUUAGCUGCUCAAGCAGCAGUAAAAAAGAAGGCAGACGCUGAGCUGAAAAAGCAACGAGAAAGAGAAAGAGAAGCUGCUCGAACUACUUUGGAAAAGAUGGAGAAAACAGCUGAGAUUGAGCAGAACUUGGAGAUUUUGAAGGAACUUGAAAUGCUAAGUGGAUUAUCCCUUUCUAAUAAUCAAUUGCAUGAUCUUAAGAAUGAAUCUGAAAAGGUGUGUGGAGCAUCAUAUGAAGGAAAUCGUGGGAAUCCACUGCAACAGUUGGGUUUGUUCAUCAAGGCUGAGUAUUCAGAAGACGAGGACACAAUUCUGAACGAAGAUGGUGAAGAGAGGGAAAUACCAUCAUAAAUAUAGUAGUUUCAGUUGCAGCAGCAGCAGCC